GAUGCGCUAGUUGGCGCGCGAAAUUUCUCUGGACAUCACGUUUUCAUUCUAGGAUUCGCCGCUUGGGGCUAAGAUGACUCGAACGAAUGUAGUGGCUCCUGCCUGGCCGACUGCGACGGAGACGACGAAGUUACUCGACCCCGAAGUCGAUUUGAAGAAAGAAGCCAACCAAUCUCGACCUGCCAAGUUCGCGAGCUUCGUUGCGCUCUCCGCACUGAUCUGGUCCUGGGUCUUGCAAGCUGAAGCUUCACAGUCGCUCCAGGUAACGUAAAAUCCCUGGUUCUAAAAUAAUAAAGACUAGACACUAACUAGCAUUGCAGCUUUUCUUCAACAAACCCUUCUUCUUAGCGUGUUUCAACCAUGCAGCACCGGUGGUGCUACUUCCAAUGAUCGUUGGGUACUACAAGCUUUACGGGAAUUCUGCUGAUCGAUACGCUGACUUUGUCGGUAUAUUGCAACACCACUCCGUGAUCCCUCUACCCAGACUCGUGUACAUUUCAGGGGUUCUGAGUAUGAUUUACCUUAUUUCGGACUUCUUUUGGUAUGCCGCUCUGGGUGACGUGAGUGUGGCGGCGGGUGUAGCCAUCUCCAACUCGUCUCCGCUCUUCGUGUACUGCUUGUCCGUUUGCUUCUUGAACGAACAUUUGAACGUCAACAAGAUAUUGGGGGUACUCACAGCGUUCGUGGGCGUCAUACUUAUCGUCAUCUUCCAAGACGGCAGCGGAUUCGGUACAAUUGAAGCCACAACGAUCAUCGCGGGGAUCUCGAUGAUCAUCUCGUCAGCCAUCUAUGCUGGUUAUCAAGUCGCGCUGCAGCUAGCAAUUGGCGAAGAUGUUACCGAUACUUCAACGCUGCUCACGCUAGCAGGACUAUGUGGUCUCUUUACCUUUCCACCGUGGAUCUUGGGUACAUUUCUCCUAGCUGAAAGUCCGUUCUCAUGGCUAUAUGAGUCCCUCGCGUUCCCUGGUACAGCUGAAGGCGUGUUCCUCUUAAUCUCCAGUGGAGCCUUGACGGUUGUUUUCUGUGCAUUUCUCCCCUUAGCAAUCUGCUGGACUUCACCUUUGGAAACCAGCGUCGGAUGCAUGCUAACAAUCCCGUUAUCAGGAAUUAUGGACACAUGUAUCCAUCACACAAAGUUCUCGUGGGAAUGCAUCGUCGGCUCAGUGCUCGUCAUGGCAGGCUUCGCUAUCCUCGAAUGUAGCACAAAGAAGAAAACUGCACAACAAGAACCACCAACUGCAUCAGCUUGGGCUUAAUAACAAACUACAAAUAAAAAAAUUAAAAAAAAAUAAGUAAAAUUUAGGCAGAUACUUCAUAAUAAUGCAC